GUUAAGGUUAACUCACCCAUCCUCUGUUUCUGUCUCGCCGCCGAUCAUCAGCGAUCAGGUCUGUUACUUUCUCCUCCUUUUGCUUUUCUCAGCGUCGGACAUUAUGUUCGAUUGGCUUUUCCUCCGAUGGACUGUGAUUUCUUGACCCAAUUGAUCUUCUUCUCUUCUUCUUUUGGCUGUUGCUUGCUGGUGUCUAAUCUUAUAUGGUUUCCGUUUAGGAGCAGAGCAUAUCGUUGAUGUUAGUAGUGUCUCCAUUCCGCAAGUAUGGAGAUCUCUCCGCCUUGCGCAGACAACCGCCCGAGAGAGUCCGAAGGACCGUCACCGUCACUGAUGAAAUACUGGGAAUCAUCGUCCAGGAGAAAGGAGGGGUUGCUGAUGCUGGCAGGAAAAUAACAGAGAUGAGUUCCCGACGACGCCGGGUCCGGCAGCCCACAAGCAACAACGUCAUGUGCGAGUGUGGACGACCUGCGGUUGUGAGAAAAUCGCUCUCAGCCUUAAAUCCUGAUAGGAAGUUCUUCUGUUGUGCUAAAAGGUGUUCGAGAAAGGAGAAGGAGGAGGAGAAAGGCUGCGACCUAUUUGAAUGGAAGGAUGUGCGAAUGGCAAUUGAAAAGGAGAAACAGAGGGCGGAUGCUGUGGUGGCUAGUUUGAAGAUGGAGAAUGUGCGUUUGAAAAAGGAGAACUGUGCACUGAAGGAGGAUAACAACGAGCUUCGGGAAUCAGUUGCUCAACUGUUGCAGGGAAGCGGCAGAUCGGGAAACUGCAAAUGCCAUGAGCAGCAUUGUUGCUGCAGCGCUGCCAAAGUCGACUGGGAUGGAGUAGAAGCGAGGCUGACCCUGCUUGAAUCAAUUCUGCUAGCUAGCCAAGGACUGAUGUAGUAGUGAUGUUACGAAAACUUUUCACGAGUAUGAGUUGAGUGAGCCAUUGACUUAACCAAGCUGAAAGCUUUAAGCAAAACAUAAGGGGAACCAUUGGAACCAACCUCCAAACUUAGCAGCAAAACAAAUCAAACUGACGAAU